CGAAGGCGGUGCGGUCAUCCCCGGGCUGGACCCUUCCCUGCCUGCGCGUGCGUUUAGAUGUAAAUCGUAGAGGACCAUCUCCCUCGUGGCUUUCCGGCACGGGUAGCCAGAACCUCGACACUAUUACCAUGCAACCUGGUUCCAAAGAAGGAAGACUUGCAAAGAACAAAAAAAAGAAAAUAAAGAAGGAAGACUUUCAAGGUCUUAUCAUCUUCAUGAAACCCUCUCCCGAGUUCCUCAAAAGAUAAACAGAGGAAAAUUUUUCUUUAGAAAAGUACAGUAAACUAUGAUUUUGGUUUUUGUUUUUAGUUUAGUUUAGUUUUGUUCUUGAAACAACUGUGGUGGUUUCAUUAAUGAGACUACUGCUUUUUUCCUGGAUAAUCUUAUUCAUCUUGAUCUUGUUCUCCGUUUCAUAUAACCAGACCCCCUUGUCAGUGGAGCUAUAAGGUGAACUGCAGGAAGAUCCCAGCCCUGCACACGUGGGGCAGAGCCAGCAGCGAGGCCAGAGCUCUUAGUGCAGCCCUUGAGAGGAUGUCUCCCAGCCUUCAGGAGGGUGCUCGGCUUGGGGAAAGCAAACCCUCACCCUGCUCCUUUUCAAUUGAGAGCAUCUUAGGACUGGACCAGAAGAAAGACUGUGUUCCACCAAUGAAACCCUACAGGCCCUGGGCAGACACCUGCAGCUCUUCAGGGAAAGAUGGAAGCCUGCGUCUGUAUGUCCCAAGUCUGUUCAGUGGAAUCUCAUUUCCUUGCAUGGUGGAUCACCCAAUGCCAGAAGAAAGAGCUUUGAAAUAUGAAAAUUAUUUUUCAGCCUCAGAAAGACUGUCUUUGAAAAGAGAGUUGGGUUGGUAUAGAGGCCGGAGACCAAGAACUGCUUUUACUCAAAACCAGAUUGAAGUGUUGGAAAAUGUCUUUAGAGUAAACUGCUAUCCUGGCAUUGAUAUCAGAGAAGACUUAGCUCAAAAAUUGAAUCUAGAGGAAGAUAGAAUCCAGAUUUGGUUCCAAAAUCGGCGUGCAAAGCUGAAAAGGUCUCAUAGAGAAUCACAGUUUCUAAUGGCGAAAAAAAAUUUCAACACAAAUCUCCUGGAAUAGAUAGAAAACUAAACAUGUGAAAUUAUAUUGCAGAACAUGAAGACUCAAUGGAAACAUCAAGUGUUUAAAAUGUGAUGUUUUCUUUCCUGCAUUUAUUCUGAAUAUUGUCCCUUUUCUUGAAAAUAUAUUGUAAAUAAUUAUCGUUAUAGCAUGGUACAUAUUAUAUUUGAGCACUUUUAGUUACAAUAAAGACCUUUCCUAUAUAUUUUAAUAAACAUUUUCAGAAAAGCCAGCUAUUUUUUAAGUGAGCAAGGUUAAUCUAAAAUUAGUUUGCUAAAAUCAGUAAACUCAUAACUAAGUGAUACCACAAACUGGAUUCCAUUUACAAAGUAUUUCAAGUAAAAUAAUCUGAAGAACAAAGGUGUGAUUUGUUUCAAUUAGUUUCCUUCAAGUGCAACAUGAUUAUGCUUAACUAUAUUGUAGAAGAUGAUUUAUUUGUGAAUCUUCAAUCUUCAGUUUCUCUUGAUUUAUGGCAUAAAGCAGUAAGAAUUUCUCACCAUAUAUCAAAAUAAAUCCUUAUAGCAUGCCAGUUUCAAGUUUUGUUUUUUUCUUUAAAGCAAAGUCAUUAUGCCAAAGUAGAGAUAAAAGCAUCAGCUAUUGUAUUCAUACUAUUGGUAUUGCACUGCACAAAAGAAUUAAGCUGCAAAUAAAUGCAAAUUUUUAAAAUAC